AAAAUGUCCCAAGCGGAAUAUACAAGAGACCGGGACCAUCCUUUUGAAAAGUCUGUGAAGUUUCAAGAAGAGGCUAAGAACAAGAUUACAGAGAGUCCAAUUAUGAAGGCAUCUCCAUGUGAAAUCCAGCAGGAAAAUAUUAACACAAAUUUAUUCCAUAGUAAGCAUAAUAGGAGGGAAAGUCAUCCAAUGACUAUGAGUUCACUUCUAAACCCGAUGCAGUCGGCUAGAAAAUCGGGGAAUAACCCUCUUGAGGGCAGUAGGCCUCCUUUGAUGGAUCUCGGUCAGGACUAUGAGUCCAAGCUGUUUAAGGACUCCACUAAGCCACCAUCUUCGGAGGCCCGAAUAGAGUCAAACUUUGUAGAACAAAUGAAGACAGCUCUAGAUUUUAAUAAGACUAAAUAAUGAAAUGAAUGAUCUUAAGGAGAAAAUCUACUUCCUUGAGGAAGAAAUUCAAGAUUUACAGACCGAAAAUGCCCGCCUUAUGGAAGACAGACGAGAGCAGGAAAAUGUAACGAGAAGUAUUAUCCUGAACCUUGAAAGGGAGAUCCAGAGCCUCAAGGAGGCUAAUUCCUCAACCUCAAAGUCAUUUGAGGAUCAAAUAACUCAUGUAGAAGAGAAGGCGAAGCUCGAUUGUACUAUAAAAUCCUAUAGUAUCAAAGUCUUAAAGGAUGAAAUCAGCGAACUCAGCCUGAAAUUGACUCUCAAAGACCAAGAAAUUAUGAAAAUCCAACAAAAAGCCAAUGGAGGUGAAGGCGCAGGAGAUAAAAUCAAAGAACUUCAACAGGAAAAUGACCAACUCAAAAGAGAAAUGAGGAAUAUAAGUCAAGCAAGAGAGAAUGAAAAGAACGUAGUUAGGGAGCAGAUCGCCAUUUUUAGACAAGAACUCAAUAAACUCAGACAGAAAUCAGAUGAUGAAGUCAGAGUUCUUAGGGCUGAGUUGGAGUCUUUAACCCAAACUUUACAACUCAAGAAUGAUAAUAUCCUUUCUUUAACAAACCAGUUAGACCAAGCGAAGGAGAAUUUGCGUGAAGAAGCUGCCUUGGUGCCUGAAAUUACAUCUAUCGAUGAGAUUCAUACCAGAUUUUCAAAGGAUACAUAUCAUGAGCCAAACACUUUUGCUAGGGUUGGCUCCUACACACUACAGAAAGUGUCCUACAUUAUUGAUGAAAAUAUUGUCUUAAAGAAGGAAUGCCAGGUACUUAUCCUCCAACUCAACCAACAACGUGAAGAAUAUGAAGAAAAGUUUAAAAGAAGAGAAGCUCAUCUUAAGAAAGAUAAAGAGCAACGUGAAAGGAGUUAUAAUGAACUAAAGAAGGAAAAUAUGCACCUUAAGAACCAAAGUAUGCAGAUUGCUUCCAGCUCUGAGCUAAUGUCACCAAGUGGGCAUAAGAGUUGUUUAUAGAAGAAAUUCAACA